CAGAUUUCUUUACGAUCAUUACUGAUCACGACGAACUGUUGAGGUUCUCGAAAGCUCGCGGCUAUGAUUUGGUUCAGUAGAGCAUAUCGCCAUUAAUAGUUCCUUGUUAUAAAAGUCGCUCCGUUUCUUGCUGUGUCAACCACAUUGCAAUUGUGCUAUUUCUUUCACGACCAAACGGGACAAGGGGCCAAAGAGGAACUGACAAUCACAAGGUAACUCAUAACUAACCGUCGCAUAAUACCACAUGUUUGUAUAUAUAUAAAACGCUGUUAAUUGCAGACGUUAACUCUAAAAUAUUUGCAAUAAUUAUAGCCUUCAUUAUCAGGAAAAAUAAAUUUGUCAACCCAAAUGAACUGUAGUAGACUAUAAAACGGUCGUUUUUUUCUCAAAUUCGGCUUAGUUUAGCCUCGCUUUAGAACUUUCUGUUUGAUUGUUCGCGGGUACUUGAAUACGCAAAAAUGCGGACUGUUCUGCAGUCUAAAGAUCUAGUGUAAGAAUAGUAGCACUGCCGAAACGUCAGAGUUUUAAAUAUACUUCAAUUAACAAAGUAGCCGUUUUCAUUUUGCAAUUUUUCGUUACGUUCAACACACAAGACACUGCUCAGGACCCUCCUUUUGUUAGCUUUUAAACAUUAGGUCGAGGAUAAAUAAAUUCUUGUUAGUUUACGGCAAUUGCACUUAACACAGUACCUACCGAAUCAGCGGUGCAUAUACAGACGCGAUGAUAUUUGCAGUUCAUGUCAUAAAUUAUAAGCUUUUACCUUAGAAAAGGCAUUCUAAGUCUAUAAUUGAAAUAUUUAAAAAAACCUUGGCAGCAGUUUGCUUUCAAGUUGAGUUCGAGCCAACUCCCAAAAUUCUAAUCUAUUGAAACAUUCACGCAUGGAAACACUGAACUCAUAAAAUGGGUGGCAAUCUUUCACGUUCUUACUUAUCGGUCAGCUGAAUGUCUCAAGGUGAGCAAAAUGUAUCUUGUGUCGUUUUGAUCAGGUUCUUCUGUUGUGCUCCCAAUAUAAUUAUUUGCGUCAAGAUCAGAACACAAGAUUUUUUGAAAACUGCGUCAAUAACGAAGACUAAGCGAUUUAAGUAUAGAAUGAUACUUUUUUAAAAAAACAGAAAAACUAUUUCUGCCAUUUCUCGGAUACGAUCCACUUUGAGGCUGAGAAUGGUGGGGCAAAGUACUAAAACUAAGAAAAUCGGUCAACCAGAAGUUCAAUUACCUAGAACAUUCUUUAUCACAGUCUAAGCGCGAGCAAUAAGAGACCCGUGUUAAAAUAAAGAAUGCAGUAAUGUCUUCGACACCCUGGCCCAUUGGUCGAGUUAUUUAAGAGAAGUGUUCGUCACGAAGAGAGCUUUUAAUAGAGCAUUCUUUGGGGCUGAGAACGCGGGAAAUUGUUGAAAAACAUGGCUAGGGUCUGGCGGAAGUGUAGAACUUUCUAUGCCACCAGUUCCAAUAUAAACAAUAAGUAGAAAUUACCAUAAUUGGAAUGCAGUGUUGUCUAUGACUUAGAGCCUCUUCACAUGAGCCUGGUUGACGGCGCUUGCCUGCUUACCGGGCCUAAGGGACGGACAAGGGACGGGGGGGUGGAAGAAGAGAGAUUAGUCAUAGAUGAGUGGUCUACCGAGGAAGAAAUUGAAGACUAAUACAAUACAAUAUACAGUUGCACUCAUUAUUUUGGCUUUAUAGUAAUUAUUGGGUGAUAAGUAGUUAUUCUGGAUAAUUAAAUGUUUUUAUGAUAUUUAUUAUAAUGCAAUAUACACUGUAUGUUGCAGAUAGUCUGGCUGCCAAUGAAACCCAUACUUUGUGGUUCUUAAUUUUUGUUAAAAGUACGAGAAGCAGUGUUUCUGUUUAUGUUGUUGACUAGUUAAUGUUGGUAACAGUUAAAGUUUUAACACUACUACUCAAUGUAAAUGCACUUUUUCAUUUUAUUAUAGAAUCAUUAUCCAAGGCGAUAAGGCCCAUACUCUAAUUUUAUUGUGGGCACAAAUAAUUUUAUAGAAUAUUUACAAAGAUACCAAAUUCUAAUAUUUAUAUUUUUAUUAUAAAUUUUAAGUGUUAAAAAGCUUAAAAUUGAAACUGUUUAUGGAUAAUUAAAUGUAUUUAUGAUAUUUAUUAUAAUACAGGAUACACUGUAUGUUGCAGGUAGACUGACUGCCAAUGAAAACCAUACUUUGUGGUUCUUAAUUUUUGUUAAAAGUACCGGUGGCAGUGUUGCUGUUUAUGUCGUUGACAGUUAAAGUUUUAACACUUACUACUACGUGUGAAUACACUUUCUCAUUGUAUUAUAGAAUUCUUAUUCAAGGGGGUAAGACCCAUCCUCUAAUUUUUAUUGUGGGCACAAAUAAUUUUAUAGAAUAUUUACAAAGCUACCAAAUUCUAAUAUUUAUUUAUUAAAGUUAAGUGCGUCGUUCGGACGCACUUAACAGAAGACGUUAAAGUCGUCUGCCUUAUUUCAAGUUUUUAUACUAGACGUUAAAGUCGUCUUAAGGUGAUUCCUUAGUAAAAGAACCCAACAUAGAUUGUAGAUGAAACUUGGUACACUGAUGUAACAAGUCAAGAAGAUGAUAAAAAUGUAAUAAAAAGUGAAGGUUACCGUGCUCGUUUUGACGUCACAAUGCUGACAAAUGUGGCUAUUUUGGACCCUCUGACAAAAACCGCGCGCAGCCCAAAACUAGACAAAAAGGAGAGAUUUUUUCGAUGAUGCAUGUGGUAUCGCACAAAUUUGACUUUAUUGUAUUGUUUAUCCACUUACAUACCAGAAAAAUGCCUUUUAAUGCUCCUGUUUUUACUUUACGCUCCAAAGUAGAAUUGAAUUGGACACGCGCUAUUCGACCCGUGAUAGCUCAAUCCGUACAAUUUAGUAAAAUUGCCAAAAAACUGAACAUAGAUUUGUGCCAAUUUUUUUCUCACCGAAAGGAAGCACUGUCUCUUUUAAAAUCAUGAAAUAAAAAAUGGGAGUCACCGAACUCAUUUUUGCGGUAGAGCUGCAGAAAGUGCGCACCAAAUGCAUUUUCUCCGAUUUUUGAGAGAGGACUGGGGCGAGUUUCAAAACAGAAUGUAUGUGAAAGGGGGAAGAAAGCAUUAAAAAAUCCGUUUUUACAGAAUUUACAUCGAGAUAUCACAUUUAGGACGCAAUGUGAUAAAGAAAGCGUUUAAAUUAAAAUCAAAGUGAGUAAGCACAAGUUAAACAUCCACUAUCGAGGUUCUCCGUGAGGGAGUCGAAUUCAGCAACACGCGUACCGGUUACGUUAUGCACAUUCCCAACACAUUGAGUCUCACCUCGGCAAGGAACAACCGCAAGCAAAAAUUCCAAUAACGUUUCUCUUCAGUCAACUUCAUUUUAAUAAUGUUACUUCACAUACUCUUUUUUACGGUGGCCAUCUUGUUAUGCGCAGUAAGAGAUGCGCAGUGCAAAACCAGGGAAUCACCUUAAGACGACUUUAACGUCUCAGACGACUUUGACGUCUCUAGCAUAAAAACGGCCAUUUUUAUUAUAAUACAGUAUACAGUGUAUGUUGUAGGUACACUAGCUGCAAUUUAAAACAAAAACAAGGUUUUAAUUGUCUCCUUUCAAUGAGAAGAAAGUGAUUUUUGUUUAUUCAUAUUGUGCCUGGUAAUAUUGUUGAUUUCUGAAACUCAGACUUUCUGAAAAAGUCACAAUUGGACCUUCCUUCUGCAUGAAUAUUUUUUCUUUACCUUCUUCUUUGCAUGGUUUUUUCCCCACCCCCCCAUCACUUUUCUAAUGGUCCGUCCCUAAUAGAGAGGAGAGAAGUAUGACGUCACGUCACCAUGGUAGCACUAUUUCUGGAUGACAACGAAACUAACGACGACGGCGACGGAAGAAGAACGGAAAAAAAGUAAAACGUUUUUAUUGACAAAACAACAAAUUUGCACGUGCAUCACGCUAUUUUGUACAUUUCUUUGCCGUCGUUGCACCCCUGCGACACGAAACUUUCUACUUUCACAACAAAAAGUUGUCUUUUUCCUCUUCUUAACUUAGAUAUGGUCCUUUUGGAUUCAACCCGAGAACAUUUCGCCAAUAUUUGCCAAAUUAAAUGAAACUGAAUAAGAUCGAUGAAGUUUGAAGCUGUGCGAAUUCACUUUUUAAGUGACGUUCAUCCAGAAAUUUUGAUACCAUGGCAACGUGACUUAACGACUUCUCCGCUCUAAUGGGUUCAUAGGAAAAGUCUCAGUCCAGUUUCCUAGGUGAGAAAAGGCCGAGGACUAGUCGGGGCUCGAAAUUCGAGAAACAAAGCAAACAUGUCGAAAUACAAAGUUGUAACUUUCGCGCCUGUUAUAGCUUUGGCAACUCUUAUAGCUGUAUCACUGUUGUCAAAUGAGAUGCUUAUGAUGAGGAAAAUACAACAGGCAAAGCAAGACCAUGCAGAAUUCAUUCGAAGAAUUCUUCCCGCUUUCAUCCCGGUAACCGAGCUGGCGUGUUCAAAUGGCAAAAUGUCCAGCCCGCUUACCGAGAUUCGGUUUGGAAAAACCGAGAUCUCGGGAGGAAGCGAGCGCUAGCCAGCCCGCCCACUUAUAUGAGCACAACCAAAAUCAUUUACGAAUGAUAUAGAGGUAAGGCGAGAUAUCGGAAACCGGGCCAGCCCGAUCAACCGGACUCAUGUGAAGAGGCCCUUAGGGUACACGGUCAAGAAAUGAUUUAAGGAUAGGGACCGGGAACCCAACCAACUGAAGCAGUCUGUUCUGUAAAGAGAGGAUCAUUUUAUCCUCUCUUGGUUCUGAUGAAGUGUCCAUACCGUUUAGAGAAAGCUGAUUGAAAAUGUUUGGUUCAAUUGUAAGUUCAGGCAAUAUAAAAUAUUAGCAACGAUAAGUAUGUAUUUCCUUGAAUAAUAGCCACCCUCCGAUUAAUCGCCUACCUCAAAUAAUCUUUCCCCUUAGAUGGAAAUAUUUAAAAUAAUCGCCUCUCUCGAAUAAUAGCCGCCCCUCCCCCAACUCUUCUCGCCAUUUUCUCUUUCUUUUAUCCCCUCCCUGUCAAGUUGAAGUGGAAUCUGAUCCAGCAAAGCUGAUCAGUGACGAUUCAAGCUCUGAGGCCGACUGGAUAUUGACAUUGAAAAGUUAACACAUAAAAGCUAACACAUAAAUAAUCUUUAACUACAGCAGUGAUUUAAUGAUGAUGUCAUUUAUUAUUUAAAAAGGAACUGGAAUCAUCUACCAUUUUGAAUUAAUUAAACGCAUUCCACAAUCUAUUUUUGCUUUCAUUUUUCGUUUUGCUGGGUUUUGUACCUGUUAACGUAGAUCAAAACUGUUUUAAACAAUGAGAGUGUAGCUUGACCACUAAUCAUUACUUUUUAGAGUACCUACAGAUUGGAACUGAAAAAUAUGGAAAUGGGGUUUCUGCUGGCACUUGCCGCCCUGUUAUCUUGUACUGUUUCUUUUGUGCACUCUGCAAGCAACAAGACCAACUGUGAUCCAGGAUCAAAUAAUGUCACGUGUAACCAGGGUGCCUGUUCUCCACAACCAUGUUCGACUAUCUGUGGGGCGGCAACGCCGUACGAUGAAUGCACACAGUACUGUACAGGAGGCGGUUGCGACACGUUGGCCUGCACUUCGUCCAUCGUGAACUGCACACAAGUCUGCACCGGGGGCGGAUGUAAGUCACUAGAGUGCGACUCCAAAAGAUGCGAACAAGGUUGCACCGGAGGUAUGUGUAAUAUGACCUGCUCCUCCAACGCCGAUAAAUGCAGUCAGUUCUGCACUGGAGGACACUGUAAGAUGAUCUGCGCUCCGGGUGUCAAGGAAUGCAAUCAGAUUUGCACUUCAGGGGGAUGCACUUUCCAGUGCGAAGCAGAUAAAUGCUCCCAAGCCUGCACUGGCGGAGGUUGCACAGGAAUCAACUCAACCAAGACCAGCUGUGAUCCAGGAUUAUCAAGUAAUGUCAAGUGCUACCAAGGUGCUUGCGCUCCACUCGGCUUUCCACAAUCAUGUUCGACCAUCUGUGGGGCGACAACGCCCUAUGAUCAAUGCGAGCAGUCCUGUACAGGAGCCGUUUGCGACACGUUGGCCUGCACUUCGUCCAUCGUGAACUGCUCGCAAUCAUGCACCGGGGGCAGCUGCAAGUCGCUAGAAUGCGACUCCAAAAGAUGCGAACAAGAAUGCAGCGGAGGUCUGUGUAAUAUAACCUGCUCUUCCAACGCCGAUGAAUGUAUUCAGAGUUGCCCAGGGGGACUCUGUAAGAUGACCUGUGCAUCCGGUGUUAAGGAAUGCAAUCAGAUUUGCAGCGGGGGAGGAUGCAUAUUUCAGUGCGAAGCAGACAAAUGCUCCCAAGCCUGCCCUGGCGGAGGUUGCACAGGAAUCAACGCAACCAAAACGAGUUGUGAUCCAGGAUUGUCAAGUAAUGUCAAGUGUUACCAGGAUGCCUGCUCUCUACAACCAUGUCCGACCAUCUGCGGGGUGACUGCGCCCUAUGAUCAAUGCGAGCAGUCCUGUACAGGGGCCGUUUGCGACACGUUGGCCUGCACUUCGUCCAUCGUGAACUGCUCGCAAUCAUGCACCGGUGGCAGAUGUAAGUCUCUACAAUGCGACUCCAAAAUAUGCGAACAAGAAUGCAAAGGCAGUAUGUGUAAUAUGUCCUGCUCGUCCAGCUCCGAUAAAUGCAUUCAGAGUUGCACUGGGGGACUCUGUAAGAUGAUCUGCGCACCAGGUGUAAAGGAAUGCCAGCAAAUUUGCAGCGGAGGAGAAUGCGCUUUCCAGUGCGAUGCAGAUAAGUGCUCCCUAAGCUGCCCUGGAGGAUUUUGCUCAGAGAUCAAGGCAACAACGUCUCCUACGAGCACAGGCGCUGAUUCUAAGGCUUCGGUGUUCUCGGGUUUGAUGCUCGCCUUUAUUGCUUUUGUCAACAACAACCAGUUUGAUUAAGAUGUUUCCAUCAAGAUAAAGGAAAAAACACACUUUUGAAAUAAUCAACCUUGUUUCGUUUUCUCUCUGCAACUAUUGCUUAGCAUCUAGGACUUAAUCUUUACUAUACCGGAUAGUCUGAAUACUUCGGUUUGCUAUGAACAGAAAUGACGCAGACCUUUGACAUGAUAUUCAUUCCAUCACACCAUUUUCUCGUCGUUCAUGACGCUGACCGACAAAACUGACCUUAAGGCCUGUUUCUUGCCGCUUUCAACUGCGUGUUUACCAGAAAUGUAAAUGCAGAAACCUGCUUCCCAUAGCUGAAUAGGACAGAGAGGGAUAACUUAACAGUUAUUGUUAGAAAGUACGCCGACCUUGCGGAAACAGUUUCCGGUGAACUGGUUGACUUUCGGAAGACUGGCUUUCAAUGAUUCAUUGCGCCAAACCGAGGCGGAGUGAACAAAUGAAAGAGAGGCUGCCUAAAUGGAGGGGCGAUGUGGAGGGACUUUGAUUUGGUUGAAUUGUCCGCAAAGUUUCUAAAACAGCUUUUGAAAUUAAGACAUCUCAAAGGGAUGAUUGGGAGACCCUCUCUGUCCUAAAAGAGACCUUUAGGUUCUAAGACGAGUACGACAACGAGUACGAGAUUUUCUCUGUGCUAAGUGGUGCUCGUGCGUGAACCAGCGUCAUUAUGGCGGGAAAACGUGGUAGCCGUCGUCAUUCUACUACGAGUUUUAGCGAGAAUGUCGAAAGGGCGGAAACAAGUUAUCAAAAGUUAAAAGUGUUAUCAUUUUGCAAUCGGGAGAGCGCGUAACCUCCUUCACUAAAGAUAACAGUGCUAUCUUUUCUAGUGAAAAAUGGUAAAAUGAAGCUUUCCGGGGAGUCUAUAUUUUUAGAAUACGCGAAAAAACUUAAGAGUCAAAUCUCGUACUCGUUGUCGUCCUUGAAUCUAAAGGUCUCUAUCGUGAUCUCUUGGUUAGAUGUAUUAAAAAAAGGCCAACCCUGAAGAUUAGCCACUUUAUUUUCAAUAGGUUCUACUCAUCACUCAUACUUUUUGGCUUUUGGUUUUAGGAGCCAUCAUUUUCUCUUUAAACAACGCCGCAAAAAGGUACAAAAAUCUAGAAAAACCAUCUGACGCAUCAGUGCAGUAUUCCCUCUGAGAUUCGUUGAGCGCAGGGCGUAACAUCCCUUUGGCACAAAUAUUGCUGUGAAAUCAGCACCGUUGUGACAGAACUAUCCGGUAUAGCGGUAUAGAUAUAAUAAUUUUAAGGAGUCAGCAUGAAAAAUGAAUAAUCCAUUCUAACAAGUUUUUACCUUUAAGACGCUUUUCUAGUUUUUAGGGCAACAAAAGUAAUAAAUCGCCAGUAUUACUCAUUCU